AUGGCCGCCGAUACUCGUUGCACUUCCUACGUACUUGACAGGGGCUACCCCGAGCGCCAGAAAAUCAUGGCAGCAAACGUGGAAGGCCAGUUCGUGGAUGUGUACUUCACCCCGCAGUGCCUUGGCGGAGGUUGUAAUCGUUCCUGCACGGCGGCUCACCUCGCCAUCACACGCCUCCUCGACAUGCACGACAAGGGCAGCCGCCAUCCUUCGGGGUACCUCAUUCAGCACGCGCAUUGGCAGCUUCAAGCCGCUACCCUGGUCAUCCUGUGGGAGUCUCUCGNAGGUUGUAAUCGUUCCUGCACGGCGGCUCACCUCGCCAUCACACGCCUCCUCGACAUGCACGACAAGGGCAGCCGCCAUCCUUCGGGGUACCUCAUUCAGCACGCGCAUUGGCAGGUAGACAACUGCGCCUCCGAGAACAAGAACAACUUCUUCCUCGGCUUUGCGGGUUUGUUGGUGGCGACCAGCGUCAUCCGCGUGGUGGAGAUCAACUUCAUGAUGGUUGGCCACACUCACAUGAAGAUCGAUCAAAUAUUCUCGAGGUUCUCCCGCGGCAUCAAAGGGAAGAGCAUCUUCACGAGGACCCAACUAGCUGAAGUGCUUCAGGCGUCCUACACGGAGGUCCCAGUCUUCUGCAGCACCCUGGGGAACGAGGGCAACUUCAACGGACUCCUUCAGGGCCGCGUCAAUCGUGUCCCAGACAUCACGACCUACAGGGCUUUCCGCGUUGAAAAAGGCGGUGAUGGGCGGGUGAAGGUUCGGGUGAAGCAUCACAUGCACGGCACCGAAUGGAAAGGGAUUGGCAGAAACGGCGAUGUCGACCCAAACGCCCCUCCUCACGACCUGUUCAUCGGCCAUCCGCCUCGCAUCCAAGAUGCUCCUCCCUACGAGCUCAAGGAAGUGUCCGAUGAGAUCAUCCGCAAGGUGGAGCAGCGUUACCUGGCAUCGCACGAAAGCCUGGCUGCAACGUACCCACUAGGCGCGCAAAGAGCAAAGAACGAACAGAUGGAUUCCGUGCGGCGUCUCAAGGAGACGGGGCUGCGAGAAUUCGACCUUCCAGUACACUGGCUUCCUGACGACUACGGCGGAGCAGAAGCUGGUGUCCGCAACGGCAAUGAUAUCGAAGAGGAAGACGGUUCGGGGGGUCCCGGUGAUCGUGGUGGGGGCGACGAAACGGAUGCGUCAGACAGUGACGCGGAGGAAGCUGACUGCUUUCGAAGGGGUCGUUCUCGUGCCAUCGGAAGGUCGGCCAAUGAUCGGGACGUCGUUAGUGUCGAGGAGGGAAGUUUCGCCUUCUUCGUGGCGAGGGGGGCUCCGUUCUUGGUUGGUAGGAUAGCUGCGGAGAGCGUUGACCGUGACGGAACGCGGGGUGUGGAUCUGCACUGGUUUCGCCCGACCAACGACCACACGCGCGAUAAAGCCGCGUCCCUGACGCUUGACGAGUAUGGCGAAAGAACCUUCGUUGAAGGAUACGUCAUGACCGCUAGUGACGGCACUCGGCGAAGUGGGAAAGCAAAAAAGGUGAAGGAUGUCAGCUGGGAACCCGUAGAAGGAAUUGUUGCGACGUGCGACAAACUUGUUGGGAACGGCAGAAAGAUUCCAAACAGGGUUUUGAAGGUGCUAAGGUCUGUUGUGGGGGACGACAGAGGUAGUGCGAGCAGUGGGCGAGAAGUACAGGGGCGGCAGGGAGAGGAGGGGAGGAUGGGGGGUGGGAUUGGUGAGGUUGUACGCCCCGCCAUCAUGGAGGACGAGAACGAGACUGGGGAACAACAGCCGGAGAACGAGUCCGAGAGCGCUGAGCACGAUCAAGAGAUGGGGCGCGUUGUGACGAGUAGACCAGGGGGGGAUGGUGGUGGGGAAGAGGGAGGAGGAUCGUCCACCGGUGCAGGGGCAAGAGACGAGUCCCUGCAGGGAGCCGUGGAAGAGCCCGCCCUUGACGCGGACAGAGGAAGUGGCAGUGCAGGGGUGCGGAAGAGACCGCACUCAGACACGCAGCUUACCCAGCGAAACACUCGAGUUCGGUUGACGGCUGCACACUUUCGGCCCCGUAGUUGA